AUGUUUGGCACGCGCGGUGGGCGCAGCCGUUGUGGCGAUAACUCGCCCAAUCACAAGCACAGCGUUUCGGCUCGGGCGCGCGUGGCGUCAACACUGCAGCUGCGUCGUAGCCGCUACGCAACGGGGCGGAGGCGCGUGCCGAGAUCACUGGACCCGCCUCCCUCGCACACGCACGCGGCCAGGCCACGCGCCGCAGACACUGUCGACUCGCCUCCAGCUCCGCUGCCGCCGCCGCCCGCCCAGCGCCUGCCUGCUGGCUGCGGCGGCCGGGUGGGGGCAGUGAACAGCGUGCUGAGCUGGGAGCUGCGGAGGGGGCGCGUGGAGGUUGGUGGGCUAAGCCUGCGGGGGGCGGCGGGCAGGGAAUGGGUGGGGGAAGGGAGCGUUAUGGAAGUUCUGGAGAAGCCCAGCGCGCACUUCCAUCUCCCGCAUGCUCUGAAGACCGAGUCGCGAAUCUGGGGUGUUUGUAAUGAAGAAGCGAGGUUAGAAAGUGACACGGCAGCGCUUGUGCCGGCGCAGGAGGGGGCGAGGAGGAGGAGGGAGAGGUGGAGGCGGAUGCUGAUUCGAAAACUCCCCGCCCUGCUCCGCCGCUUCGUCCCACCCCGCCCCGCCGCCGCCCCAGCUGCCGCCGCCGCCGCCGCCCUCGCGAGCACGCUGCCGCUGGCGCCGGCGCCGGCGCCGGCGCCGCCGUUGACGCUGCCGCCGCCGCCGCCGCCAGAGCGCUCUGUCGACGCGGAUGCGAGGCGCGAACCGCCCCACGCCCCUCUUGCGAACUCUAAAGUCACCCCGCUGGAGACGGCUCGGCGCUGGUAUGGCGCCAUGUUGACGACCUGCCCCAACUGCCUCCACGUCUUCGACCACCCCCUGUCGUCGUCAUGUUGCGUCAGCAGCCGCUCUGCCCACGACCCGUCUCCGCCUGCCCCCCACCCGCACCACCACCCGCUCCCCCACCACUCUCCGCCGCCUGGGGCGGGGGCGCCGGGGGCGGGGGCGGGGCCGCCACCGCCGCCGCUGCUGCUGUCAGCGACGCUGCAGCUGCCACCCAGCGCCGUGCCCACCACGUGCACGCUGGCGGUGACGGCGUCGGAGCCGCCGCUGCGGGCGCUCGCCGGCAUGGCCGGGGGCGGCCUCGUCCUGCAGCAGCACCCGCUCGCCGUGGACUCGCCGAAGGCUUCGCCCGCGGGGGCGGGGGCGGGAGCGUCGGGGCUGGCCCCGCAGCCGUCGCCGUCGGCGCCGCUGUCCUUCGUCCUGCCGGCGGUGGCCGGGCCGCCGCGGGCGCUGGGCUCGCUGCCGCUGCCCUUCCAGUGGGCGGUGCCGGGGCCCGCCCAUGCGGCGGUGCACGUGAACGUGCAGGUGCCGGCGAGCGCCCCGCUGCCUCAGUCCGAGACGGACCUGGAGCGGCUGGCCGCCACCAUGAGCUCGCUGCGGGCCUCGGGCUGGUACUACGAGGGCCUGUCGUGGCAGGAGAGCGCGGACCUGCUGCAGGCGACGGCGCCGGGCACCUUCCUGGUGCGCGACUCGUCCGACCCGCGCUUCCUCUUCUCGCUGAGCGUGCAGACGGAGCGCGGGCCCACCAGCGUGCGCCUGCACUACGUGUGCGGCAGCUUCCGGCUGGACGCCGAGCCGCGCCUGGCGCCGCUAAUGCCGCUCUUCCACUGCGUGGUGCAGCUGGUGGAGCACUACGUGGAGCGCACGCGCCACCGCCGCGAGGACAAGCCUCCGCGGGACAAGGAGCAGGUGUGGGUGGACGCGCGCGGCCAGAUGUACUCGCACAUCGUGCUGCGCAGCCCGCUCUACAAGCGCAGCCAGCGGCCCAGCCUGCAGCACCUGGCGCGCCUCGCCAUCAACAAGCAGUUGCGCGCGGCGGGCCGGGCGCCCGCGGAGGGCGCGCCGCAACUGCCGCUGCCGGCGCCGCUGCGGGCCUUCGUCGGCGAGUACCCGUACACGGCGUGA